UGUGGAAAAGCUGAAUGAUACAAAAUAAUUGAGGUGGCUACCUUGCCUAUGAGAGAAAGGUGAACCAUGUACUCAGUUUUGGUUCAGGAAACUCCAAUGGCUCUUCUUCAACUGCUAAAGGAACACUCUUCGCUUUUUGCAUUCAGUCUCCUCAUACUGCUGCUCAAAUUCAUCUAUAAGGAUAAGUCGAGGAAAAGAAGAGUCAAACUUCCACCAAGUCCUCCAAAGCUACCCGUCAUUGGUAACCUUCACCAGCUCGGAAACAAGCCUCACCUAUCUCUCCGUUGCUUGGCAGAGAAGUAUGGUCCAAUAAUUUACUUACAGCUUGGUGAGAUCCCAACAGUGGUGGUUUCAUCAGCUAGAUUAGCAAAGGAAGUACUGAAAACCCAUGACCUUGCACUAUCAAGCCGUCCACAAAUCUUUUCAGCCAAACACCUCUUCUAUAAUUGCACUGACGUUGUCUUCUCCCCUUACGGUGCUUAUUGGAGGCAUAUUCGUAAGAUUUGCAUACUUGAGCUACUAAGUGCCAAGAGAGUGCAAUCAUUUAGCCAUGUUAGAGAAGAAGAAGUUGCUCGCCUGGUUCGUCGGGUUGCAGAGUUCUACCCUGGCACUACCAAUCUGACCAAGAUGCUUGGACUAUAUGCAAAUGAUGUUCUCUGUCGAGUGGCAUUUGGAAGGGGUUUCUCAGAAGGUGGAGACUAUGAUAGGCACGGGUUCCAAAAGAUGCUUGAGGAAUAUCAGGAAUUGCUUGGAGGAUUUUCUAUUGGAGAUUUCUUCCCUUCCAUGGAGUUCAUACACAGUUUAACAGGAAUGAAAUCAAGACUUCAAGAGACCUUCCGGCGAUUCGACGAACUUUUUGACCAAAUGGUGACUGAUCAUCUCAGCCCCAAGAGAGAAAAAGAGGAGCACAAGGACCUUGUAGAUGUUUUACUUGAUAUACAGAAAAAAGAGUCUACUGAAAUGCCUCUCACCAUGGAUAAUGUCAAGGCUAUCAUCUUGGACAUGUUUGCUGCAGGAACUGACACAACCUUCAUCACCCUCGAUUGGGGAAUGACAGAGCUUUUGAUGAAUCGCAAAGUAUUGGAAAGAGCACAAGCAGAAGUACGAGGUGUUGUCGGAGAAAGAAGAGUCGUGUUAGAGAGUGAUCUGCCUCAGCUGGACUACAUGAAAGCUGUCAUCAAAGAAAUAUUUAGAUUGCAUCCACCUGCUCCAGUACUAGUCCCUAGAGAAUCCAUGGAAGAUGUAACCAUUGAUGGGUAUGAUAUUCUAGCCAAAACACGAAUUUUUGUCAAUGCCUGGGCAAUAGGGAGGGACCCUGAAUCUUGGGAAGAUCCAGAAGCGUUUGAACCAGAAAGAUUCAUAGGUAGCACUAUAGACUUCAAGGGGCAGGAUUUUGAGCUUAUACCUUUUGGGGCUGGUAGAAGAGGUUGCCCUGCUGUUACAUUCGGAACAGCAACCAUUGAGCUUGCUCUAGCUCAACUUCUGCAUACCUUUGAUUGGGAGCUCCCCCCUGAUACUGCAGCAAAAGAUUUGGACAUGACAGAAGUUUUUGGUAUCACAAUGCACAGGAUAGCCAAUCUGAUUGUUGUUGCCAGACCACGGUUUCCCUGAGACGAGAAAUCAUCAAUAAACUACAUGAUACUCUAUGUAUCAUCCAAUUUUCUCUGCUUUCAUCAAACAUACAAGAGACGAGCAGAUUCACGCAUUGCCUUUUGCCUGUAUCUCAGAAACAGACUCUUAUAGUUAAUGGAAGAAUAUAUAUACUUGUCUUUUUUAAAUAAGA